CACAGCACCUGGGCGUUUCUCGCCCAGAGACACGUUUGUGUGAUCAUAAAACCUCUACAUAAAAUACAGCCAUUGUCAUUCCUUGCCGUGAUUGUAGCCGCGGUGGACUUGAAAGCCUACUUUACUCUGUGAUCAGAUUAGAAGAGCUAACGGAAACUGUUUAGGUCAUUCUGCAAGAUAAGAAAUUUCUAAAGUGAAGAGAUCAAGAAUCAUUCUUAGAGGUACACACCGAAAAUAGAAAUCUGAGGGAAGCAUUUGUAAAACUUGUGUCGACUGUGUGCUACAAAAUUUGUGUUGGCAAGGUAACCCGAGGAAGAUGUCCUUCAAGGUGCCCAACAUUCCCAUCUGUGUGGCCGUCGCCUGUUGUGGGGUGGCUUUAAUAUUUCAGAUCGUGGCUGUAGCGGGUACCGGGUGGGUGGUCAGUGAGUCUGGACAGUUUGGUUUGUUCCGUGUAUGUGCGUCUGGCGUCUGCGUGGAAAUCACAAGCAGCUUGUCUUCAGACUGGUGGAAGGCGGUUCAGGCGUUCUCCAUCAUGGGACUGUUGACCAUCCUAGGAAGUCUGGCUCUAGGAAUCCUGCAUUUCUUCAAGGAAAAUAACAAGGAAUUGGCUUCAGCUGGCAUCGCUUGCUGCUGUGUCUCUGUCAUUUUCCUGAUCAUAGAACUUGCCGUGUUUGGGGCUGAGAUGGUAGUUGGUGGACGGUCUGUUCUCGGUACCACCCAGUACGGAUAUGGUUUCAUCCUCUCAGUUAUCGCUUGCAUCCUCAGUGCAAUCGCCGCUGUGUUGUUUGGAGUGGGGAAAAGAAAGGGUGUCUAUGAAUGAGUGGAACCUGACACUGGCUGCUGACUGACAAAUGCCAGAACUUUAGCCAAGACUCCACAUAAACUAAUUUUACCCCAUGUACAAUCGUGUUUCAAACAAAAUUAUAUAUUUGUUUUUGAUGGUCAUUAAUUUUGUACUAAAAUACUAUUUUUGCUAUUGUGUUUUCCUCGCAUGAGGGUUUAAGUAAAAAAAUUGCAUCACUCUAGUUAUCAAAUCAAACUCAAGUCCUCUUCAGUUAGAACUGUAGACUAGAGACUUGGUCAGGCAUUAAUAUUUUAGUAAAUUGUUAAGCUUUGUCACUGUCCCUUUCUCUCUCUUUCACUCUCUCUCACACACAAAACACCCACUCGAGCACGCUUUAUUUGAAUCGAGAUUUUUAUUGUGUGACUAUCUUUUUGUGCCUUCCUUCACUAGUAGAGGCUUCUAUUGCAAACAUACAAAGGGUAGAGUUUGGUGCUCUACAUCCACUCCACCAUUUAAGCAAUCAUUCACAUCUAUGACGAUAAGUAGCAUGAUGAAGCAUUAUUUGCACUUUUUGUUUAAAGAGCCAACAAAGAACACAUAAUAAAUACUCGUCAUCAAAAUAAA